AUGGCCAGCUUCGGCGGCGGCCUGGCGCGGGAGAGUGUCUUCAUGGCGGAGCUAGAGCAAGAGUUCCAGACCAGAUUAGUAACAAAUCGAUCUUCCGUCCCAACAGGCCUGUCACUCUCACCGUCGCAGCAGGGCCUCGGCCUGCUCUCCGGCGGCGAGGGCAGCGGCGUGAGCUUGGGCGUGCUGGAGAGUGGCGACAAGACGGUGGGCGGGUGGCUGCGGGCGCUGGGGCUGCCGCAGUACGAGGACGUGUUCGCGGCGCAGGGCUACGACGACACGGACUUCAUGAACGGCGGCAUCUUGGAGUCGAGUGACCUGCGUGAGCUCGGCAUCACCCAGGCCAGUCACGUGCAGGCCCUGGGGGAGGCCGUGUCCCAGCUGCCCACCCCCUUCUCGGGCCCCCAGGCCUCCUACACCGUCCCCGACACGGUGGAGGCCUGGCUGGAUUCCAUCCGCCUGCCGCAGUACGCACAAAACUUCCACAAGAAUGGCUUCGGAGAUAUGGAGCGCGUGAAGAAGGUGUGGGAGAUCGAGCUGACCACCGUGCUGGAGAUAACGCGGCCGGGCCACCGGAAGAGGAUCCUCGCCUCGCUGGGGAGAGCGGCUGCUGGAGCCUGAGCUGCCGCCCGCCCUCAACCCUCACGACCUCAGCCUGGAGCUCACCAAGCUGAACUCUGACAUCUCACAGCUCAAGGAGCAGCUGUUCAAUGACUUGCCCACCUCCACGUGCCGGGAGAGGCGGCCGCCGGAGACUGCCAGCAACACUAUCAGGCGCUCUGGCACCAAGAAGCGCAGUGCCCCUCAGCCCCCAGCUAACAGGGCACCCAGAGCUCAGCCCAGCCUAGACCUGCAGGGCAACGAACAACUGAGCCAUCUGGCCAUCAGGGGACCCUCCCAGCUGGUGGUGGG